AUCACCACCAAUUCAACACCCUAUAUCCCGGAGAUGGCCACCGCGCCUUUGGCCCGUUUUCCCAAGCGAAAUUGCGGCCUCUCAAGCUCCGAUUCGGUCCUCUCCUUCCUCGCGCCCUCUCUCCCAACUGCCCGAUCUACGCCGCGCUCCUCUGUCUCCCGAUUCUCAACCUCGUCGUCGCAAUGGGCUCGGGAUAACAACAAGAACCGUGGGGUGUCUGAAGUGCGGGCUACUGGACUCCGGAAGCGACAGACUUUGCACGUCACAGUGGACGACCUGCCGAUUCCAAUACCAAAGGAGAAAUUCACUACAAAAAUACCUGUCGACGAGAACCACGGCCUUUGGGGCUUUUUCAACAAGGAGAAACGGCUUUUGGCAACACCAGAUGAGGAUGCGGCGCAUGGGCGAGCGUGGACCGUUCAGGAGCUACGAUCAAAGUCAUGGGAAGACCUGCACAGCCUAUGGUGGGUAUGUGUGAAGGACCGUAAUCGUCUCGCGACUGAGAAGAUCAUACGCGACACAAGAAAGAUUGGAUAUGGCGCAUUUGAGUCGGACGAGAGAGACCAGACGAUCAGGACUACCCAGCGUGCUAUCCGACACGCGCUGACUGAGCGAUGGUAUACAUGGGAGGAGGCGAGGAAGGUAGCGCGGAAUGAUCCAGAGAUCGACUUGAAUGCUGCCGUCAGGGAAGUGUAUCUUCCGAUGGAUUAUGAUCCCGAGGUCGAAUCAGACUCCCCUGAAACCGAGGCGGAAGCGGAGACCAUUGAGCCUGAGAUAGCAGAAGAGCAGCCCGAAUCAGAAACAUCCGAGAAUCGAUCGAGGAAGGAUCGCAGAGCUCGAGAAGUAGCCUCAUAGCCAUGCAAGGCAAUGAGUGUAUUAUAACCUACG